CUGGUUAGCAUCAAACCACUGCAGAGAACAAAGGAAGGCCCGGAUCACUUAUGAGGAUGCAUCUCAGAGUAGCCACGACAAAGAAGGUGCAGUUAUACUAUAUUAUUCUGCAUUUGCAAGUUGCAGAUGUUUGGAGUUGUCUCAAGGGACUUUGUUUUAACAUGUUACCACAAUGUUAGAUGAACUCUUACUCAAUACUGGCGAGCAAGAGCCAGAAUGAACACACAUAAGUCUUCUUCUUUGGUACUGGAAUAUACAGCUGGAAGAUAUAAAUACUAAAACAGUGGGUGGGGGGGGAGCUGGCAAUCACUCUUGGGUGGAGGUCGUCAUGCUCCUGACCUUUGGACACACAUGCAUUCUGCCCCACGAGUCUCCUCUAGAUUACACGGACAUCCUGACUAUCAGGACACAACGUGCCUCUGUGCAGAGGGUCCGGAGUCUGACUACAUUAUUUACCCAGCGUAGUUUUACAGCCGUGUGAGCUGACGGGGGGGAAAGUCCGACAGCAGAGGGAAGCAAACACAGCGAGGUAUGUUGACUUUUUUGGCAACUCAAGCAGGACUGAAAGGGCUUCUCCAGAGGAGCAAACAUUAGGCGCUUUAGUGAGUAUUUCCAGCAGCAGGACGUGUGUAUGUGGGAUUGACACAAAAUAAAUAUGUUCACGUCAAAGAGGGUUCCAAUGCAUCGCUGGGGUGCAUUGCUAUUUCCUUGAAUUGCUAAUGGAGAAUAGAUCUCUCUGGCAUGGAGGAAUGAGAUCUUUUUUUGGGCCUUAAAUACACAAACCACUCUCUCAGGAGCCCGUCGUUAGGUCCCUUUAGCCACAACCUGAGCCCCCCCCCCCCUCCAUCAACACCUGGAUUCCAUAAAUCCCGCAAAGCAAACGUUUUUUGGAGAUUAAUUAAUUCAUUCCUGCUCUUUGUUCAUACUGCAGCAAUGUUUUUGUAAAUCUUCGGACGAAGAACACAAGGCCUUGUUGCCAGCGGAAUUUGACCUACAUUCAUGACUUUGACUUAUAUAAUAUGCAGCUUUAGCACAAAGUACAACGUUCCUGGCCACACUCGAGCCUCCACAGUCGCAGCGUGAUUAGUUCUGGUUAGUUCUGACGGCUUUGCCUGUUUCAAAAUACUUAUCUGGAUCGGAGUGAGAAAGAUGUCCUCCCAAGUCCGCCUGAGGCUGCUGCCGAGAGCCAGAUGCAUGUUCGACGAGCCCGUCCAGGUGAAGGUGGCCGGUCUCAGGUCGAGACAGAUGGUCACCCUGAGAGCCAGAUCCACUGACGAGAAGGGAGUGGUGUUCAGCUCCUCGGCCACCUUCAGGGCUGAUGGGAGCGGGCAGAUCGACCUGGAGAGGGACCCCUCCCUCGGUGGGACCUACACCGGCGUUGAACCCAUGGGUCUGCUUUGGUCCAUGAGGCCGGACACUUUGCACAAGAGGUUCCAAAGAACAAAGUCUCUAAACCCCCACAUGGUGAAGAUCUCAGUUCAUGACCAGGAAAAGGAGGAGGGCAGGAUCCUGGCAGAAGCGACCAAUGAAAGGCUCCUGAUCGGAGACGGGGUCAUCCGGCGCACGGUCAGAGAGGGGAAUAUUCGUGGUGUCCUCUUCACUCCGCCAGGAGAAGGUCCGUUCCCCGCUGUGUUGGAUCUCUACACCUCCGGUGGAGGUUUGUCAGAGAAAAGGGCCUCCUUGCUGGCCCGUCGAGGGUUUGUGGUUCUGACUGUAGCGCUGUACGGUAACAGCGACAUGUCGAGGAACAUCAGAGAGAUCCAUCUGGAUUAUUUAGAGGAGGCGCUGGAGUUUUUGAAAAAACAAUAUAAGGUUGGCGGUAAAGGAGUUGGUGUGAUAUCCAUUUCAAAAAGUGGAGAUCUGGCACUGUCGAUGGCCUCUUACCUGCAAGGAGUCGAGGCCGUAGUGUGGAUCAACGGCUGCUCCGCCAACACGCUUCUUCCUCUCUACUAUCAGAAGAGCCAGAUCCUCCCCCCGUUAAUGGUUGACCUCAGCAAGCUGAUUCCCACUGAGUCGGAGGCCUUCAAUGGCAAGAAGGUUAUGAACGACCCUCUGGCAGAGGAGAACGAGGCCACGCUGAUCCCUGUGGAGCGGGCGGAGGGACGUCUCCUCUUCGUGGCCUCAGAGGACGACCUCAACUGGGACAGCACGGCUUACGUGGACAUGAUGGUGGAGCGACUGCAGCGUCACGGGAAGGACAACUUUGAGACUGUAUGUUAUCCCGGAGCGGGACACUAUCUAGAGCCGCCUUACGGACCAUACUGCCCCUCCAGUUUUCAUGCAGUUGCGGGCGGGCCGGUCCUGUGGGGGGGCGAGGCCAGGUCCCACGCUGCAGCUGAGGUCCACCUGUGGAAGAAGAUCCAAGAGUUCUUCAGGGCUCACCUGAGCUGUGAUGCUACACAGACUAAAGCUAAACUCUAGAUGCAAAUAUCACGAUGUGAGAGAGAUGGGUAACAGCUGAGGGGGGUUACAACUGCAAUCAAAUAAAACAAGCAAAUAAUACAACUACCGAAAUAUACAUUACAGGUAAUUUAGCUGAUGCUUUUAUCCAAAGGGACUUAUAUUGCAUUUUUAACCCAUGGCUUUUUACAUUUUUUCCCGGGA